AGGUCUGAAGGUCAGGAAUGUUUCCCAGGAGACUUUUCAAAGCUGUACUUCUCCAGGACAGCGCAGGAGCUUGUGCACUUAGGUGGGGACACACGGGUCUGCACUGAGGUGCCUGGACGCCAGGGCGGUGGAUAGGAAAGGGAGAAACCGAAGAGCUGAUGAGGGGACCCAACACCCAGGAACUUCUGGCUGGCAGCACUGAAAAUUGAUGGAGCCAGGGAGGUUGCUGACCCCAGCGGUCCUGCUGAGAAACCAUUAGGUCUAUUGCCAUGGAGACCAAAGACUCUGAGGACCGGGGAAAACCUCAGAGGAAAUCAGUGAGCAGCUCAUGGAAAAGCAAUCAUGGCCCAGCUGAGACGAGGCGGCCCGAGCUACUUCCCGAGAACAGGGAGGCACCCGAGGCUGCUGAGAAGACUCAAGAUGAAGAACCCCACUGCCGCAUCCCAAUCCAGAGGAAUUCCAUCUUCAAUCGUGCCAUGAGACACAAAAGCAAGGCCAGGGGCACGUCUGAGCAGAGCGCCGGUCACCGAGCAGAUUCGUCAGAAAUGGGCAAAUCUCUAAAUGAAACCUUGACCUUCAAUCUACCCCAGGGCAGAAUGCCUUCCUGGAGGACACCAACACAGUGGCGCUCAGGGGCUCAGGAAGCCAGCGAGUCAUCCUCCACCCCUGGAAAUGGGACCACACCCGAGGAGUGCCCUGCCCUCACCGACAGCCCCACCACGCUCACCGAGGCCCUGCAGAUGAUCCAUCCUAUUCCCGCUGACUCCUGGAGAAACCUCAUUGAACAGAUAGGGCUCCUGUAUCAAGAAUAUAGAGAUAAAUCAACUCUCCAAGAAAUCGAAACCCGGAGGCAACAGGACGCAGAAAUACAAAGCAACUCAGAUGGGUCCCAGACUGGGGAAGACACGCCAGAGGAAGAAGAGGAGGAGGAAGAGGAGGAGCUGGCCAGCCCACCUGAGAGGAGAGCUCUGCCUCAGAUCUGCCUGCUCAGCAACCCCCACUCCAGGUUCAACCUCUGGCAAGACCUUCCUGAGAUCCAGAGCAGCGGUGUGCUGGACAUCCUCCAGCCGGAAGAGGUCAAGCUGCAGGAGGCCAUGUUUGAGCUGGUCACCUCCGAGGCCUCCUACUAUAAGAGUCUGAACCUGCUGGUGUCACACUUCAUGGAGAAUGAGCGGCUGAAGAAAAUCUUGCACCCGUCCGAGGCCCACAUCCUCUUUUCCAAUGUCCUGGAUGUCAUGGCUGUCAGUGAGCGGUUUUUGCUGGAGCUGGAACAUCGCAUGGAGGAGAACAUUGUCAUCUCAGAUGUGUGUGACAUCGUGUGCCGCUACGCAGCUGACCACUUCUCCGUCUAUAUCACCUACGUCAGCAACCAGACCUACCAGGAGAGGACAUACAAGCAGCUCUUACAGGAGAAAGCGGCUUUCCGGGAGCUGAUUGCACAGCUGGAGUUGGACCCCAAGUGCAAGGGCCUGCCCUUUUCCUCCUUCCUCAUCUUGCCCUUCCAGAGGAUCACAAGACUCAAGCUGCUGGUUCAGAACAUACUGAAGAGAGUGGAGGAGGGGUCCGAGCGUGAGGGCACCGCCUUGGAUGCCCACAAGGAGCUAGAAAUGGUGGUAAAGGCAUGCAACGAGGGCGUUCGGAAGAUGAGCCGCACGGAACAGAUGAUCAGCAUUCAGAAGAAGAUGGAGUUCAAGAUCAAGUCAGUGCCCAUCAUCUCACACUCCCGGUGGCUGCUGAAGCAGGGAGAGCUGCAGCAGAUGUCCGGCCCCAAGACCUCCCGUACCCUGCGGACCAAGAAGCUCUUCAGAGAGAUUUACCUCUUUCUCUUCAACGACCUGCUGGUCAUCUGCCGGCAGAUCCCUGGAGAUAAGUACCAGGUAUUUGACUCAGCCCCGAGGGGCUUGCUGCGAGUGGAGGAGCUGGAGGACCAGGGCCAAACACUGGCUAAUGUGUUCAUCCUGCGGCUGCUGGAAAAUGCGGAUGACCGGGAGGCCACCUACAUGCUGAAGGCAUCUUCCCAGAGUGAGAUGAAGCGUUGGAUGACUUCACUGGCCCCCAACAGGAGGACCAAGUUCGUGUCCUUCACAUCCCGGCUGCUGGACUGUCCCCAGGUCCAGUGUGUGCACCCAUAUGUGGCCCAGCAGCCCGAUGAGUUGACGCUGGAACUGGCAGAUAUCCUGAACAUCCUGGAGAAGACAGAGGAUGGGUGGAUCUUUGGUGAGCGCCUGCAUGACCAGGAGAGAGGCUGGUUCCCCAGUUCCAUGACAGAGGAGAUUCUUAACCCCAAGAUCCGCUCCCAGAACCUCAAGGAGUGUUUCCGAGUACAUAAGAUGGAGGACCCUCAGCGCAGCCAGAAUAAAGACCGCAGGAAGUUGGGCAGCCGGAAUCGUCAAUGAACCCCCCACCCC